AUGCUGAGCUGUGGAGAGGUAGUCUACAAGCUGGUCGUGGUUACUGAGUAUUGGAAGAGCAGGGAUCAGUUGCUGGGGCAGGGAUGGGUUGGCAUAGAAACACCGUUAGGUGAAAUGCUGACAGAUAAUCUGGCCCGUUCAACUCGGCCACAAGUGAACCUGCAUAAGAGGUCUGGGGUGCGGAUCAGAUUAGGUGGGGGAGGUAAGGGAAGGCUGGAGAUAAGCCAACAGUUGACAGGUUUUCUAUCCGAGAUGGUGCGCAUGUGUGUCUUUGUGUGCAUUCGUAGUGUCUUCCACUCCGAACCUUUCUCGGCUUCCCGCCGGCGAACCAAGUCAGGGGACAUCAACGACGAAAGGACUGCCAGGCACAUGCUGGUCUCCCCAUUUGACCAUAAUCAGGUGGCGGCCACGAUCACGCACUGUGUAGUGCACAGCAAAUUGACUGUUGCCCAAAUGCUUGAUAUUCACCUCCUCGCAGGGCACAAUUGGUCCGGACACACCGACGUAGAGGACGUCGUGACCUGA